AUGGCUCCCGUCAGUAUUAAGGUCGCGGCCAACGACUUCCUCGACUUCGUCAAUGCGUCUCCAACUCCCUUUCAUGCGGUCAAGUCUGUCAAGGAGCGAUUGAGCAAAGUCGGGUUCAAGGAGAUCAAGGAGAAAGAGUCAUGGUCAUCCGCCCUGCGCCCCGGUGGUAAAUAUUUCCUCACCAGGAAUGGAUCUACUGUCGUUGCAUUCGCCAUUGGCAAGAAGUGGAAGCCAGGAAAUCCUAUCUCCAUGAUCGGUGCCCACACCGACUCGCCUUGUUUACGAAUCAAGCCGGUGAGCAAGAAGCAAGGUGAUGGCUUCCUUCAAGUUGGCGUCGAGACAUAUGGCGGUGGACUAUGGCAUACAUGGUUCGAUCGAGACCUUGGGCUGGCAGGAAGGGUAAUGGUACGAGAAAAAGACGGCGAUGUGGUUCAAAAAUUGGUUCACAUCGACAAACCUAUCUUACGCAUCCCUACGCUUGCAGUCCAUCUUGACCGUCAAGAGACCUUUUCCUUCAACAAAGAAACCCAGCUAUUCCCUAUUGCUGGCCUGGUAUCAGCCGAAUUGAAGCGCCAGGACGAGAAGAAAAGCAAAGUCUCAAGUGAUGAGGCGGAAGAGGAGAAUAAGCCAUUCACUCCGCUCAAGGCUCUUACUUCGCGCCAUCAUCCUCAUAUCGUUGAGCUUAUUGCUGCUGAUGCCACAGUCGCGCCUGAGAGUGUGGUGGACUUUGAACUUGUGCUCUACGACACGCAAAAGGCUGUUCUCGGAGGUCUAAGCGAUGAAUUCAUCUUCUCUGCGAGACUCGACAAUCUCAAUCAGACAUAUUGUGCAACCAUGGGCCUAAUCAACUCUUUACGCUCCUCGUCUGCUCUAGACGAUGAAACAUCCAUCCGUCUGGUUGCCUGUUUUGAUCACGAAGAAAUUGGAAGUAUGACGGCCCAAGGCGCAUUUUCAGUUAUGCUUCCGGCCAUUAUUCGCAGACUGUCUGUCUUGCCAUCUUCAAUCUUUGCUGGUGAAGGGUCCGAGGAGUCAUACGACCAUGCAGCCGAGCCGGAAUUUUCCACGGCCUAUGAGCAGAGUUUGUCCAGCUCAUUCUUGCUAUCGGCAGAUAUGGCUCACUCAGUCAACCCCAAUUAUGGCGCGAAAUAUGAAAGUGACCACAGACCAGAAAUGAAUCAAGGACCAGUCAUUAAGAUCAACGCCAAUGCUAGGUAUGCCACAAACUCCCCCGGUAUUGUGUUGCUUCAGGAGGUUGCUCGAAAGGCAGCCAAAAUCAUCGAUAGCGACCCUGAGGGUGUACCACUGCAAUUGUUCGUGGUACGGAACGAUUCAAGCUGUGGAAGCACGAUUGGCCCAAUGCUAUCUGCCCAUCUUGGUGCACGUACGCUUGACCUUGGGAACCCGCAGCUAUCAAUGCACAGCUGUCGUGAAACUGGAGGUGCUGACGAUGUGCACCAUGCCAUUCGACUAUUCAGCAGUUUUUUCCAACAUUAUUCAUCUAUGGAGAAAACCAUAUUAGUCGAUUAA